UUUCCCUCGGCGUGAGGUGUCUUGUCUGGAGGUGCUGUCAGGAUGCGUAUCUUCAUCAAUCAUGUGGACACCUACUCCGGCAAUGCGCUGUGUGCGGACCUGCGGCGCAUCGAGGGAGUGGCCAACCGGCUGUUCGGCACACUCAAGGGCACCGAGGGAGGGGCGCAGAUCCCGCCAUCUGUCAGAAGAGUUGUCGGGGUGAGCGUACCACGCCCGCAGACUGCAUAAUUCCCACGUGCACGGACUGCAUGCACUGUGUGUGUGUGUGCAGCGUAGCAACCCGAAGAUGUUGCUCAAGACGCUGCUGUCGUGCUCGUUGGUCGUGUAUGACUUGCACAAUGCGGACCUGGAAGAGGUCGACUUCAUCAUCAAAAGUGGGCGUACAACGGCCCCAUCUCACCUUUGCGUGUACACGUCUUGGUGUCUGUGUGUCUGUCUGUCUGCCUGCCUGGUGUGUGUGUCUCGUGUGUUCAGCGUUGAAGAACACCGAGAUUGAGAAGCCGAUGGUGGUGGUGCUCAUCUCGUCUGUCAUCGUCUGGGCCAAGACCAGAAAGGCAGCAACACGCACACACCAAUACACGGAGAGAGACAUGGAUAACAGCUAACUGCAAACGUCUUUGCAUGUCGGUUGUUCAGGAGUACGAGAAGAUCGAGACAGAGGAGGGCGAAGAAGGAGAAGAGAAACCCGCUGAGGCAGGUAAGGAAAACCGCCUCGGCUCUUGGUGUGAGUGUUGCCCUUGCUUGUGCCUGCAGAGGCAGGUGGGGAGGAGGGUGAGGAGGGCGAAGAGGGCGAGGAGGGCAAGGAGAAGCCUCCACCACCACCUGUGCCAACACAACCUGUCAAACUCAAAGAUGACGACUUUGAGUCAGUUAGCGACAGACACGCACAUCGAGGGAAGUUGGCAUACGGUCGUCCCUCCGUCGUGGGUGUUUCAACCACUGCAGGCGGCGUACAGCCCCACCGGCGUAUGAGAGUUGGAAGACCCUGGAGGCCUUGCUACUGGCCCUCAACACCAAGGAGAACCUCAAGUGCUACGUGGUGGCCGCGGGCAUCCUCUACGGCAACGGGGAAGAGACAUUCUACGACGCAUUCAAGGCAACCCAGCCAGCCAGCCAGCCAGCCACCCAUUGCAUGAUGUCCUUCCUAUACUCAUUCUCACUCUCUCUCUCUCUCUCUGUGUGUGUGUGUGUGUGUGUGUGUGUGUGUGAGGGCCAGGCGGGCUGGUUGUGUCAGGAGACGCAUAGAACAAUCGGUCCGGGGAACAACCACAUCCCCACCAUACAUAUCAGGGACUGCGCCAGGCUCAUCAAACGGCUCGCGCCUGGUGGGUGACUGGGGGGUGGCACGCCCCACCAGACCAACAGGUCAUUUGUUUGCUGGCUGGACAUUCAGGGGAGGAGGAGAAGCAUUAUCUGUUGGCAGUAGAUUUCUCUGACGAGACACAGGCAUCCCUGAUACAAGGCAUCGUCAACAACAUCGCCACGCCCUACAAGGUGCCGUCGAUAGCGCCCGAGGAGGCCGUGUUGGCAGAGAACGCCGAUCUGCUCACCCUCGACCUCAGCCUGGAGCCAUCUGACCUGCUCAAGGCAGAGGACUUCAACUGGUGGAGCAAGGUGCGAUGGGCUCGUGGACAGACACCGGGGGGGGAUUGACGAUUCUCGUGUGUGUUUGAUAGGGCGGGAUGGUUGCCAACAUAGAGAAAGUCGCCGCCGAGUUCCUCAAGUGGAGAAACCUUAGGGCCAUCAAAGUGACCAAUGACAGCACACCCUGGAAUCCCAUCAUGUCACCUGUGUGUGUCCACUUGUAGAUGUUGGUAUCCGGCCCUCCGGCGUCGGGCAAGACCUUCUGCGGGCAGGUGCUGGCUGAGCACUACAACGUGCCCCUCCUCCAGAUACAAGACAUGAUUGAGGAGGCCAAACAAGCCGUACGCCACCUACCUAAACGAGCAAGCGCACCUCAGACAGUGGAACGUUCUGCGCCUCCCCGUGUCUGUGUGUCUGUGUGUCAGCAAGAUGAGUUCGGUGAGGAGUUGCGGCAGAAGUGGGCCGAGCUGCAGGAGGCCGCAGCCAAGGGCGGCAAGAAAGGCGCGGCGGCCGACGCCAAACCGCGCCUCGACGCCGCCACUGUCACCAGGAUCGUGAUGCAGAAACUCAAAUCCAACAUAUGCAAGUAGGUCAACUGAGCAACUAGCUGAGCAGAAUAGCUAGCUGAUUUCCUCUUCUUUCUUCCUGGUCAGGUACCGUGGUUACGUGUUGGAUGGCUACCCCCGCAACUUCGCUGAGGCCGAGGCUCUCCUCCUCACUGGUCGGUUGGUCGGUCGGUGGGCCUCCAUCCAUGGGCGGACCUCCUUUCUCCUGCGGUGCUUACAGAUGCGCCGAAGCCAGAGGGUGAAGAGGAGGAGGCCGAGGAGGCUGAGGGAGAGGCCAAACCCAAAAGUGAGACAGACGAGACACACCGACACAGAGACAUCCAUGCAUGCUGCCUCUUGGUCUGAUUUCCUCUCCCGUCGUUUGAUCAGUUCUUAACGAUGCCGUCGUCCCCGAGCAUGUCGUCGUGCUCAAGGCGUCAGAGACGUGUGCCAAGGAACGCAUUCUCGGUAGGUAUACGUGUGAUGAGACAGUUGAGACACCACCAGCACCAAGAAUGCCAUCUCUCCCUACGCCUGUCAUACGGACACAGCGCUGCCUCAGGAUGCGGUAGAGGGCACGCACAACACGGAGGACGGCUUCAAGAGGCGGUGGGCCAAGUAUAGGGCCGACAACGAGGCCGAGAACGGCGCACCAUCCCUCGCGGAGUUCUUCCAAGUGGCCAUACACACACAUACGCACACAGAGAGAGAGAAAGGUACGCAUGUGUGUGUGUACGCUGCACUCGACGCGCAGGAGCGGAAGAUUGAGGUGCUCAAUCUCGACGCGGAUGGAAAGGCCCGUAAGCACACGGCAAGGACCGUGUCUCGGGACAGUGCAUCUCUUAUCUCUUUGUCUCGUUCAGUGUCUGAGCUCUUUCCGAGUCUGCGUAUCUAUGUUGAGCGCAAGGGCCGCCCCUUCAACUUCCUCAAGGGCGAGAGGGAGCUGGCACUCGAGGAGCACAGACGCAUCGAGGCAGUAGAGGUGAGCCCAGGCACCAGGAAAGAAGCAGAGACACACUUCAACAUAUGACUUUCCAUCCAUUCAUCCAUCCAUCCAUCCGUGUGCAGAAAGAGGCUGAGGAGAAGCAUGAAGCGGAGCUGAAACAACAGUGAGCGAGUCCUUAUGGCGUUGGUUGUCCGUGUCUGAGUGCAUGGAUGGAUGGCUGUAGGGAGGCUGAUGAGGAUGCGAUGCGUGUGCGUCGUGUGGAGGAGGAGCGUCGCCGGAUGCAGCUGAUCGAGGAGCACGAGAAGGAGCUCCUCGAGACACAAUCCAUACCACUCAGACACUACCUCAUGCAAUACGUCGUAUGCACCCAUCCAUCCAUCCAUCCAACACACACACACACACACACACAGCCGUGGGCGUGGUGUAGACACAUGUGUGGAUGUGUGUGUGUGUUGUGUAGGUGCCGACUCUGACAGAGGGUCUUGUGGAGGUGUGCAAGGUGGUGCCAGAAGACCCCAUCGACUACCUGGUCAGCCAGCCAGCGAGACGAAUGAAUGCGGUGGGCGUGUGACGGGUGACUGUCUGUUGUGGUUGUGUGGGUCGGUGGGUGCACAUGCACUGCACAUGCAGGCCGAGUACUUGAUAGCUCACGCCAAGAACGCGGCUGGGGCGGACCCCAAAGUGGCACUCGCCAACGUGGGGGACAGCAAAACUGCAUGAAGGAAGGUGACUGAAUGCUCU